AUGGCUCGUUCGAUCGGAUACUCCAUUUUUCAUAGCCGGUUAUGGCUUUCUCUAGCGGUGGUUGCACUCUUCGCUGUCCUGGCACAAGCUACAUCGGAUAAGGCUGCGACUGGGGAACUGACAGUGCCUCAGAUCGAAGAGAAGCUACAGGAAUGCCCCUUGGUUCAAUCGCUUAAUGCGCAGAAGCUUGCCAGCGCCCCUGAAACAGCCAGCCUGACCUCCAGGGUCUUUGCGGUUCUAUUCCCUGGAAGUCCCGCUGUGAACGCUAUACUUGCUACCGUCUAUAUCUCCGGGCCCCCAAAUUUUCUACUAGCACUAUGCCCUCCAAACAUCGACCCAUCUUCCCUCUCCAUUAUGGUUGCCUUUGCAGUCGGGGGUCUACUAGGAGACACGCUCUUCCACCUAUUACCCGAGAUAUUCCUCGGAGAGGACUCACCAGAACAUGUCCGCUUUGUGAUGGUCGAGCCAAAUAAGAACUUACUCCUCGGUUUGGCCAUACUCGUUGGCUUCGUGACUUUUGUGGCUAUGGAUAAGAUACUCAGGAUUGCGACUGGAGGGGAAGGUCAUCAGCACGGCCACGCGCAUGAGCACGGUCACAGCGGUGAUUCAGGACCAGUAACAGCCACAGGCGUGUCCACUGAGGGUAAAAACGGUGACCUAAAGCAGCGGAAACCAGCAGCUUCCAGCAGUGUCGCUACCAGCGAACAUGAACAUGAAACCGAGAGCCCAGGUACCAACCCCAGCGUGAAGCUAGGCGGGUACCUGAACUUGAUUGCCGAUUUUACGCACAAUAUCACCGACGGACUAGCCAUGUCUUCGUCCUUCUACGCUUCCCCCACCAUAGGCGCAACCACAACCGUUGCCGUCUUCUUUCACGAAAUCCCGCAUGAAGUCGGUGACUUUGCACUGUUGAUUCAGUCUGGUUUCUCGAAACGUAAGGCUAUGGGUGCUCAAUUCGUUACUGCCAUCGGUGCAUUCAUUGGGACGUUUAUCGGUAUUGCAAUCCAGGAGUUUGGCGGCGGUUCUGCAUCCGCGCCCUCUGGAGCUGCGGCUCCCGGCUUACUUGGAACCAGCCUGAUGGUUGGUGACUUAUUACUACCUUUUACCGCUGGAACGUUCCUAUAUGUUGGUACGGUAGCUGUCAUUCCAGAGUUGCUGGAAACCGGUAAGGAUAAGGGGGUGGAAGUUAGAAAGACGAUGAUGCAGUUUGCUGCCAUGGCCGCUGGAGCGGGAAUAAUGCUACUGAUUUCAUGGGAUUAA